AAGUCUAUGAGCUCGUGAUAUAUAUUCUAUGGUUUCAAACAUAAACAAGAACAAUAUUUUGAACUUUGAAAAAUUGUAGAAAUUCUAACUGUUCUGGUUUUUCACUCUUUUUGCUCAAGAUAUGAAUAUAUUCACAGUAGGCCACACAAUAUAAAUCAGAAUGAGUGAGGUUCUGAUAUGUUUGUCAUCAGAUGAUGAAAAUGAACCACCUGCAAAAAAAAUUAAGAUAAGUCCAGUUGCACAAAUUGAGAAAGAAGUGAAUGAAAAAGACAAGAAGGAAAACAAUUUGAACGAUAGCAUAAUAUGUUUGGAUUCUGAUGAAGAAAAUGAUUCACAAGAUGUUGUAAUGAUAAAUAAAGAAAACCUAGAAACUAAUGGUUCAACAGAAGCAUCUGUAAAAAAUGCACUCAAUGACCCAAAUCAAAUUGAAGUUAUUAAUUGCAGCCCCUUAUCUACCCUCAAUUUAAGUAAUGGAUUAUCUGAUAAAGAUACAGAUGAGUCGGAGAUUAGCAACAGUAGUAGCUCUUCUGAAACAGAAUAUUAUGAAGAGGAAGAACUACAAUCCCAUAAAAAACAAAAUAGUCACUCUGAAGAGCAAAGUGAUUCAUCAAGCUCAAAGGGAAGUGAUAUAUUGGCAGAUACUGAAGAUUUACCUAAAGAAGCAAUUCUGUUCCUAUCAACUUGUAAAAAAAUGCUUAGGAAAGGAUCAGCUGAACCAAUUUUAAAAAAAUAUCCUGUAAUCAUCAAGAUGUUCCGUUCCCUUUCAGAAGAAUUUGCUAAGACUGAAUUUCUCAAUAAAUUUCUCAGGAAACAAACGAGAAUUGCUAAAGAAUCAGUGUCUUGUUGCAUUAUCAGUUUUAGAGAUGUAUAUCAACAUUUAAAAGAUAGCUUAAACUCACAAUCUAUAGAACUACCCAAACAACAAUGGAAACAUGUAAGGAAACUAGAAUUAUUUAUGCAAAAACUGCUGGAAAAACUGAAGGAAUUGGAAGAUGCUGAAAUUGAUUUUGAUGAUGAUGAUGAAGAUAACUCUGCAUACAUUAAACAUGAUAAAUACUCACAGCGGCUCAACAAAGUUUAUAAAAAGUAUUGUGAAAUCCUCAAGAAAAACCCGUAUGCUGGUCGCAUAACCCAUGAAAGAUUAGAUUUCGUAUCUUCUAGUCAUAAUGAAAUCAAUCAAGCAAUUUCAAAAAAAUAUAAAAAUAACAAAAAAUUUCCUAGUUAUGAUGAAUUAUCUGCUUUUAUUCAAACAGUCGUUGAGGAGAAAAAAUUAUCCUUAAGUGGUGCCGACUUGAAAAUAGAAUGCGAGCUUUGUUUCAAAAAGUUAGGAGACUUGCUACAAACAAGACGCAAAAAGGAAUUAUAUGAAGUGCAUCAGAAAUAUAUGACUGAAGAAGAUCCUGCAAAAAAUAAUGAUGACCUUGAAAAAAGACUUCGUAUAAGUUUCAAAGAAGGUAAGGUAAGGAUAGACCAGAUUUGUCAAGAAUAUGUGAAGAAACAGGAAUUAGGGGUUGUGGGAGAGGAAGUUGAUCUUAGUGAAUCAGAAAAUAAUGAUGAGGACAACCCUAGUGAUAUAGAAGAAUAAUAAUUCAAGAUUGUUUGCAUUUUUAUUUACUGUAAUGUUAAAAACAAGUAUGUACAACUAUUCAGAUAAAACGCUUAUAUUUUAUAGUACAACUAAUAAAAGAGUUUUCACAAAA